AUGGACGCAUCGGUGAUUGAAGUGCAGAGUCUGUACUAUCAGAAUGCGCAUGCCGGAUGUGUCGCAUUAGCACAGAAGCAUGCGCCAAAUGGUGUGAUGGAUGAUACAAGUCUACUGAUCCUUGUGUAUGCGGCCCGCGCGGCACUGGCUAUGGGCGAUAUUGCUGGUGCUCGGCAGCUUCUGGGAGAUGAUGCCGAGCAGCCUGUGGCCAUGUCUGUACUUCUCCUAGCUGAUUUUUAUGAGAUGAAGCGCGCUGGCGAUGAGGCUGGCUGUGGAGAUGUGGUUGAGCAGCUCACGAUGCUGCUGGAUGUUGUUGAGCCUGGUGAGUUGUCGAGUGAGAUUGUGCGAUACCAAGUGGGUUUGGCUCUGUACGAGCAUGGUGAUGCGCAAAAGGCGCUCGAGACGCUGGGCGUGACGGGUGCUGGCGGUAGUACUGAGCUCGAAUGCAUUGCGCUUGGUGUGCACAUUCUCCUGGCCAUCCACCGUAUCGAUCUUGCCGAGAAAGAGUAUCUUUUGGCGCAGCAGCAGAAUGACGACUCAAUUUUGGUGCAAUAUAUGGAAGCGUGGAUUGGUCUUGUGCGUGGGGGACGAGCGACGCAACAGGCGUAUUAUGUAUACGAUGAAAUGAGCCAAAACAGCAUGAUUGCACAGACGCCCAAUAUGGCACCGUCGCUGGUUGGCAAGGCCGUGGCGCAGGCGGCACAAGACCACUUGAGCAAUGCAUCGGGAACGUUGCAUGAGGCGCUAGCACUAGAUCCAGCCAACACGCUAGCGCUUGCGAAUCAGGCCGUUGCCAAGUCUCUCGACAGCGAGACGGGCGUGCCAGAGGCCGAUGCGGCUGCGAACUUGUACGCUACGACGGAACCCGCAUCGGCGCUUGCUUUACUAUGGGAUAGUAAGCGCCGAGAGUUGGCGGAGGCUGUUGCGGCACUGGCAUAA